CUUCUCUCAACUCCAGCCGGUCCGGUCCGAUUCUCCCGCUCCGAAGACAUGUUUUCCCAACAGCAGCCAAAAAGUUGGUUAGGUGUACUACUCACUGCGUCGAUUGUAAGAACGUGUCCACAGAAAGGUCAAUGAGGCUUGCCUGGAUCUUGUCUUGGACGUUCUUACUCUGGACGAAAGUCAUUUCAGCUUCCAUACAAGAGCCAUUCAAGAUGUCCUCGUCCACUCCAUUCGUCCUGGCUUCAAGCUCAUCCGCUCUCCCGAUCUUGCUCGAUUCGACCGACUCCAAAGCCGUACAUAUUGCCGCCAACAACUUUGCGAGCGAUAUUCAUCGUGUCACUGGAGCCAAGCCAGAUGUUCAUGUUGACGCUCUCCCAUCAGGGUCUAAGCAAGCCAUCAUCGUCUGCACCGCGGGUUCAAAGCUCGCUUCCAAGCUGCGAGCAGAGGCGUUGGUCCAGAAAGUCGAGGGCAAAUGGGAGUCAUUCCAAGGAGCAGUAUUACAGAGCCCUGUAGACGGUGUGGAGGAAUCUCUGGUACUGAUAGGAUCAGACAGGCGGGGGGCAAUUUUUGCCAUGUACACUCUUUCGGAACAAUUUGGAGUCUCACCUUUCCAUUGGUGGGCAGACGUGCCUGUACGUCAUCGUGACACCCUGUCGAUCGACAAGUCAUUCACUGUCGGUCACGGUGAACCGACUGUCAAGUACAGAGGUUUCUUCCUGAACGAUGAGCAUCCUGUCCUGUUCAAUUGGGCACGACAACGCUUCGGAAUCGCCGAGGGGCCACCAUUCCAGGUUGGACUCUAUGAGAAGGUGUUUGAGCUACUGUUGAGAUUGAAAGGAAACUACCUAUGGCCCGCGAUGUGGCACAGCUCAUUCGCUGUGGACGGUCUGGAGAAUUUACCCCAUCCUGCUAGACCUGGACCGAAUCAAGAGCUGGCAGAGGAGCAUGGUGUGGUGAUGGGAACUUCACACCACGAGCCGAUGAGUAGGAACCAGAAGGAGUAUCAUGAUUUCGGGCAUGGAGAUUGGGACUUUGAUACCAACAGAGAGUUCUUGGAGGAGUUCUGGACUUAUGGUGCGGACCGAGCAAAGAACUGCGAGACGCUAUACACUGUCGGUAUGAGAGGUGACGGCGAUCUUGCCCUGCCUGGGGCCGAUAUUGAACGACUACAAACCAUCGUCAAGGCUCAACAGUCGAUACUUAAAUCAUCUCUCGACACCUCCAACCUCGACUCUGUCCCUCAAAUGUGGGCAAUGUACAAAGAAGUCAUGUCGUACUUUGCGACGGGUCUUCAAGUCCCCGAAAACGUUACACCUUUGCUCAGUGAUGACAACUGGGGAAAUCUCAUGGCCAUCAUGCCAGAAGGCGAUCACAAAGCCGGAGGAGGAAUCUACUAUCAUGCAGAUUACGUUGGUGAUCCGAGAAACUACAAAUGGCUCAGUACAGUCUCCUUGGCCAAGAUGUGGGAACAGCUCAAUCUCGCUCGAUCAUUCAACACCAAGAACAUUUGGAUCCUCAACGUUGGAGAUCUCAAAAUGCUCGAAAUCCCUCUCGAAUGGUUUAUGAGUCUUGGAUAUGACUUUGACCGAGCGACCUCAACCGGUCUCCAAGGUCAUCUCACUCAAUGGGCCCAACGGGAAUUUGCCCUCGAUCAGAAAGCCGCGGCGGAAGUGGCGAACAUUAUGGCACAAUACUCGAUGUACGCUUCCCGACGGAAGGCCGAGCUCGUUGACAGCGACACUUAUUCGUUGGCCACCUUCAAUGAAGCGGAGAGGGUGCUUGCCGAGUGGAACGCGCUGGAGGGACGCACAGAGCAGAUAUUAAUGAGCCUCGAUCAAUCCACACAACUUGCUUUUGAGCAGCUUGUUCGGACACCCAUCAGACUGCAGACCAAUCUCCAGCGGAUCUACAUUUCAGCCGCCAAAUCCAUCCUUUACGCCUCUCAGGGACGAACGGCCGCCAACUUCUUUGCUCAAGAUGCCAUUGAUUGCUUCCGAAAAGAUCACGAGAUCACUCAAGCUUUCCACAAGCUGAACGAUGGCAAGUGGAACUUCACACUUUGUCAAUCUCACAUUGGUUACCAAUACUGGCAAUCACCCACGCGUAAUGCCCUCCCGCCAAUCUCCUUCGUCCAACCCUCGCCGUCUUAUAUCAAUAUUCUGGGCCCGAUUCAUACUAGAUUCACCGUCGAGGGAUCACUCGGUGCCUGGCCAGGAGAUAACAAACACAAUUGCCCACUCGGCUACAACUGCCCUGAUCCCGUCUUCCCCCCUGUCGACCCAUACAGUCAAAAACGAUGGGUCGAUGUCGGCGCGGCAGGGACAGAGGAUAUCGAAUUCACGGCCAAAGCUGUUGAAGAUUGGGUCGUGGCUCAUCCCUCGAACGGGACCGUCAAAUCGGACGGAAGUGGUGAUGUGCGCGUUUGGAUCAGCGUCGAUUGGUCAAAAUACCCUGGGAAAACGAAUGACAAGAUGGAUGGGCACGUCGAUUUCACUUCGUCCGACGGCACCAAGAUGACCGUGACUUUGCCAGCUGUGCGAGGUAUUGACAUCCCAUCGGACUUCAAGGGUGCUAUCCAAGGGGACGAUUACAUCGUCAUGGAAGCCAUGAGGGGAGUCUCAGAGUCUGUCAAAGGCGCCAGUGGGAUCGAGCAUGCUUGGAAAGAGAUCCCAUUCUAUGGCAAGACGUACUCUGGUAUGACCAUCCUACCACCUACCCUUGAGCACUUUUCAUCCAGUGCGGGUCCAGCAAUCCACUAUGAUUUCUUUGUCACUCAUCUGGAUGACCUUGCCAACGGUAGCGAUGUCAGCGUGACCUUGCUCUUUGGACCAACUCUCAAUUACAUCCUCGGAUCGAGAUUAGAAAUCAGUGUACAAAUGGAUGACGGAUCUGUCCAAUCGGUCAGGCCUGUACCUGAAUCUAAACCUGGAACCGUUCCGGACGAUUGGGAGCAAGUCGUAGCGAGUGAAGUCAGGCAAGUCAGAAUCCCCAUGGAGCUUGGCAAUAAGGGUAGUAGCGCCAUUGGAUCGCACCGCCUGAUAAUCAGAGGUGUCAGAGGUGGACUGGUCCUAGAGAGGGUAUUGAUCGAUCUCGGAGGUAUCUCAAGUAGGGCUGCUACGUACCUUGGACCUCCGGAGAGUCAUAUCGUUGUGUAGGAGGCAGUCAGCUAUAACAUAUGCGAAUAUCGACGUUGCACUCCCUUCGUUACGACAUGAAAAUACA